UAUGAAAAUAUCGAGUUGUCAAUGACAUGAACAUAACUUUAUUAUGUCUACACUAAAUAUACGUGGAUGUCUUAUUAACUUAUGACCGUCCGCAACAAAAUUGCAGUGAAUGUAGGCUUUAAAAGGAUUUAAGCAGUUGAUCGAUUCGAUCAGGACCCCGAGGGAACAGCAUGCAUUCCGACUAUAUCUAUAGAGGGUAUAGGAAGGCUCGUCGAAACUUCUCGCUAAAAACCUAUUUCUUGCUGCUUUUAUGGUGGAUUUUGGCUGCGGGACAGUGGGCGAUGGUGUGUUUGGUUAAAGAGAUUCAAGAUGCAUUCCGGGAUCAUUACUACAUAAGUCUGGUGGCCUUCUUUUUAUCAAUUUUUAUUUUUGCUCUGUUCCUGUUCAUCGAGAGGCUGCGCUACAAUGCAAUUCUGUCCAUCAUAAUUUCAUUUAUUAUUGUAGAGUUGCAAAUUCUUGCCCUCUUCAUGCUCGUCUCUCGCUCUUUUUGGGGAGAAAUGCUUCUGUACUUCGCGAUCUGUGUAGUAGCAAUAUUUAUAUUUGUGAUCAUCGGAUUGAUUGUACCAAGACAGAUCGAUUGCACGCUCCAUAUAGCUUUACUUUUUAUACUCGCCUUUCUCUUUCUUCUUAUCACCGUCUUCUUUCUUAUGCAUCAACUACUGGUCCCAGAGAUGUGGAAAGACAUUAAAAAACAUGGCUUUUAUCUGAUUCAAAUUCCAAUUACAAUCACCAUACUAUUAUUUGUCAUGUACCAUGCGCAAACAAUAAAUGGCGGGAGAUUCGCGGAGAUGCGUCUCCAUGAUUUUUGUCUUGGAUCAUUGAUUCUUUUCCACGAUUUUCUCAUCAUUUAUUGGUUAACAUUCUACUGGCAAAUGAUGUCAGGAUAUGUCUCACCCGAUGACUGGACACAUUUAUCAACGUUUUGGAAUCAAGAUAGGAGAGUAGUUCGACUCGAUUUCGAUGAUUAUACAGAGAGCAUUUUAUCCAAUAAUAAAGCAGAAGAGAAUGUUGUGUUUAUUUCUCAACAUCAACCAACUUCGGAUCAACCGAAACUGGGAAUAACUCUUGACUUUAGGGAAGACGAUGUGCUAAGAACACCAAUACCGAUGAGUGAACGAAGUUGGAGGCUUAAACGUUUAACAAAAGACAUUAGAAAGGCAGAUUAUAGACAAAUAGCUACAGAAGAGGGACCUGGAAUCGAUUAUAUCAAUUGAUUUGAAAUAUAAUUUUUAAAAAAUACAAUUUACCUUAAAAAUUUAAUAAAAUUGUGAUUGUAAUUGAGAGGAAAUAUACUGAAGGCUAUACUAUUUCAUUCAAAAUAUAUUAUAGCGUACAAAAUUCACCAGAUUAUCAGCCAAAGCAACUAAGAGACAUAGUAAGUAUGCGCCUGUUAUUCGUUUUUUUUGAUUGAUCUGCGUGCAAAUAUAACAAGUGUUGUCGAAAAAAAGUACAUCUCCAUCUCUUAUAGUCCAUGAGAUCUUAGACGGGCAGAUGGGCAUAGCUAUAUCGUCUCGGCUGUUGGUCUUGGUUCAAUUUUGAGAUCUUUACAUUAAUGAAACUAGAUUAUAAUCUUGAAUUUGAAGAUUGGGCAAUCUAGAGUUUUUUUAGAACUUUGAUAAUGUUUUAAAAAUAAACCUUGUUUAAAUUUUGCCAUCAUACAAUCUAUAUUUCAGAUUUUAUUCUUGAUUUUAGAACGUUUUUUCUUUCUGUGGACCUUUCUAGUACACACAAAGUUUAUAAUACUCUUCUAACCUAUGAGUAGUCGUUAAUGUUAAUGAUUAAUCAGUCGGUUAAUAAAAACGGUCAAAUAACUUUAUACAUAUAUUCGUAUAAUUUUAAAAUUUACAGAUACUUUACCGUUAAAUGUCAAAUUUAUAUUUAUAAUUUAUUUAAUUCUUGUGAGCUGUUUUGUUGUCUGCUGUAAAUGAUAUUUGUCAAGCACGAAGUUUUGGAAGUUUAGAGUUCCGGCUGCCAUGAAAGCGAGCUACCAGAAAUACCGCAUCUACAAGAAAACCCGUCGGAAGUUUGCUUUCCAGUCUUAUUUGCUAUUGUGUGUAUGGCUUGUACUAGGUAUAAUACAAUGGUGUGUUGUCUGCCUUGCUGAUCCCGUAAGAGAAGUAUUCUAUGACUAUUAUCAAGUAAGCUUUAUCACAUUUGUCGUAGCGCUUCUGUUUUUUUCCUUUUAUGUAUAUUUUGAGAAGCUACGAUUCAACAAUGGUCUUAACUAUCUGAUCAGCGUAUUAAUUAUUGAGCUGCAAAUAAUAUCGCUUUUCGCAUUGGUUGCACGAGUAUAUUGGCCCGAUCUGAUAUUCUUUUUUGCAUUAUGUGUUCUUGUAUUGUUUAUGGCUAUAUUUAUUAGCUCUAUACUUCCAAGGCGGAUUGAUUUAACCAUAGACGUGGCACUGCUUUUCAUUUAUGGUUUCUUCAGCAUGUUGGGUGCAAUUUUCUUUAUCAUGUGUCGUUUUCUGAUAACUGAGAAAAAGUUAGGACGCUAUAUAACCAGGGAAUCUCAAUCUUUUCUCAUUUCUGAAUUAUUAAUUUCCUUUAUGAUUCUCAUGUUUGUCAUGUAUCAUGCUCAAACCAUUAAUGGAAGCCGAUUUGCGGAGAUGCGACUUAAUGACUUUUUGCUGGCAUCGCUAAUUCUCUUCCAUGACUUUCUUAUCAUUUAUUGGCUGACAUUCUACUGGCAAUUCAACAAUAAACCCUUGACACCUGACAAUAUGCUAAGAACUACCACAGCAUCAGAUGAUGAAGAAAAGUAUUAUGACGAAGGUGAUACAGAAAGUCCUGUUGGUACAGAGGAUAGCAGUGAAGCUGAUCUUGUUACAACGGACGAUUAUAUAGAUGAUACAUUUUCCGAUGAAACUGACGAUGUUUUGAGUUCUACAUCAGUAAUGUCUUCUGAUGACGAGUAUUUUUACAGUAGUGAAACUUCUUCGGCAGCAACAGACGAUUAUGUUGACUAUAGUUCUGAUGCAUCUUCUGAUGAUGCUAGCGCUGAAGAUUCUAGUGAGGUUUCUAUUGUAACAACAGACGAUUCUGAAGCUAAUAUUACGGGAUCGUUUUCUGGUGCUGCAACUUCUAGUGUCGAUUCUAGUGAGGCUUCAGUGACAACAUUAGUCAAUUCGAGUGCUGAAAUUACAGGAUCGUUUUCUGAAGCUGCAACGUUUUCUAGUAUCGAGGCAUCUAUGGCAACAUCUAUCGGUUCUAGUGUGGCAAUUACGGAAUCUUCUGCUGCAACUGCAAUAUCUUCUGAAGGCGAUCCGACUGAGGACUCUGUGACAACAGCAGUCGACUCUAGUGCUGCAAUGACGGAAUCUUCUGCUGCAACUAAAACAUCAUCUGAUAAUGUUUCUACUCAGGUUACUGUAGCAACAACCGACGAUUCUAGUGCUGCAAUAACGGAAUCUUCUACUCCAACUGCAAUGUCUUCUGAUAGCUAUUCUACUGAGCCUUCUGUGGUCACAACAGUUGACUCAAGUACUGCAAUUAUGGAAUCUUCUAAGGCAACUGAAAAGUCUUCUGAUGACGAUCCCACUGACGAUUCUGUGACAACAACAGUUGACUCUAGUGCUGCAAUUACGGAAUAUUCUUCUGCAACUCCAACGUCCUCUGAUGAUGUUUCUGGUGAUGAUGAUGUUUCUGGUGAUGAUGAUGUUUCUGUGGCAACAACAGUUGACUCUAGUGCUGCAAUUACGGAAUCUUCUGCUGCAACUGUAAUGUCAACUGAUAACAAUUCUACUGAGACUUCUGAGACAACAACAG